AUGGGAGCUCUUGCUCAGGUAGUUCCGUGGAUACCCGAAGACGACCUGCUGCUAAAGAACGCCAUAGAGGCUGGUGCGUCUUUGGAAUCGCUUGCUAAAGGCGCAGUGCAGUUUUCUAGAAGAUUUUCUAUCAGAGAACUGCAAGAUCGGUGGCAUGCACUCCUAUACGAUCCGGUAGUUUCCGCAGAGGCGGCGUUUCGGAUGGCGGAGCUUGAACGCACCAACCCGAAUUUUCCUACAAAGUUUGCUAGAACUGGAAACUCAAAAGAGAACAAAACUUCGUCCAUGAAGAGGAAGGCCGAGAAGCUCAGAAGUACUUACCAUUCCUUGCGGAAGAAAUUUCGCACUGAGCCAUUCAAUUCCUUGGAUCUUGCUUUCCUUGUUCCGCCAAACGACGGCCAUUUCAUGGAUAUUGGCGAUGCAACGCAUUUUGGUCUUGAAGACUCUCACAUGGAUAUUAUCCACAACGCGUUUCCAGAAAUCUUGGGUGAUGGCGGUUGCGUGGUAAACCAUGUUGUCUCGGAAGACAAUAUACAAGGAGACAUUUCUUAUGUAGGAGGAGAUAAUCUGGCAUACGCUGAACAUGCAGGUCCUUCGGAAUGUGAUGCGGUUCAUCGAGAUUCCGAGCAGAAAGUGGAGAAUUUUGCUCAUGACCCGAAUGCCACUACUAUGCCUAGCGCUGAUAACUACCUGGAGCAGCUUUCAACUUCUCUUUUCAAAGAGGAGGAACCGUUCAUGGACAUAGAUGGCAAAGAAAUCGACAAUUCUUACUAUGCCGGUCUUAGCUCCCUGUUGGUGAACCCGGCGAACGACACAAAUCAUGGGGCUUUGCCUAUUUCCGCCGAGCAAGAUCCUUCCAUGGCGCAAACUCAUCCAGCAGAUGCAACUCCGGUUGAUCAUGUGAUGCCUGUGCUAGAUGGUACACUUGCUAUGAGCUCAAUGGAGUGCAGACCUCUGUUUGACACAGCUGCUUUAGAUCCUCAUCCGGAGGUUGUUGGUGGUGUUAUCUGCUGUUUGCUAAACCAAGAGGAUACUGAUAUUCCGUGUAACGAUGACAUUUUUCAGUCCAGUAACUCCCAUCCAAUGUCGGUUUCUUCAUUAGCCCGACGGAACUUUAAAGAUACAAGUAAUCCAGUGACUUCAUCUGUUAGAGAACUCUCUGCCGGUAGAGAAAGAAGCGAGGGGCAUUCACUCCAUACACAAAAGAAGAUGCCAGGACGUUUGCAAGUGUCUUCGAAAGUGAAGGCAGAGAUAGGUCAACCAAGCCAAGGUAUCAAAUUCAGGGGAUUGACUACUCCCGAGUCACAUAAUACCGUUGGCGCUGGUGCUUCCACCAGUUCUGCACAGCCAUGCUCAAACACUCUGCUUUCUGACGGUACUGGUGUAAAAGAUGGAAUCAAAGAGAGUGCCGGUGGAAAGCUCAUCAUCGGAUUUGAUAGUCAUGGAAGCUACCCCGAGAAUGAUAUCGGGAACAGUAACGAGGAAAAAGUUGUAUUACCUAUACAUGAGGCGCCACAUGCAAAAGCUGCUAAUGAUGGUUUGACUGAGAUGUUAGACCCUGGACUGGAGAUCACUCAUACAGAAGCAGACGGGUAUGCUUUUGAGAGUGACGAGGACUUGCCAAACUAUUCUGACAUUGAGGCUAUGAUACUUGACAUGGACUUGGAUCCUGAUGACCAAGAUACUUUUGAUCUCGAAGUAUCCAAGUAUCAGAGCCAGGACAUGAAAAGAACAAUUAUAAGACUUGAGCAAGCUGCUCAUUCAUAUAUGCAAAGAGCCAUUGCUUCCCGCGGUGCAUUUGCUGUUUUAUAUGGUAGAUAUUCAAAACACUACAUCAAGAAGCCUGAGGUUUUGGUGGGUAGAUCAACAGAAGAUCUUGCGGUUGACAUUGAUUUGGGAAGAGAAAAGCGUGGUAGCAAAAUAUCUCGACGUCAGGCAAUCAUACGGUUGGGGGAUGAUGGAUCGUUUCAUAUGAAAAAUCUGGGGAAGUAUUCAAUCUCAGUAAAUGAGAAGGAAGUAGAUCCUGGACAGACUUUAAUCCUCAAGUCCGAUUGUCUGGUUGAGAUACGAGGAAUGCCUUUCAUAUUUGAGGCAAACCAAAGUCGCAUGAAAGAGUACCUGAAGAGAACAGGGAGAGGGAAUUAA